GUAAUAUAUAAUGCUAAUAUUGUUCUAUGCUAAAAAUGUAAUUUAUUAUAUGUACAUAUAAAUUGUAAGCCACUCUGUGUCCCCUUCGGGGUAAGAAGGGCGGAAUAUAAAUGUCCCAAAUAAAUAAAUAAAAUAACUUUUUUUUUAUAUUCCACUUUCAUCUUGCCAAAGGGACUCAGGGCGGCAUACAUGGGGACAAGCCCGAUCCAACGAAGAUUAAAACCAGAUGUGGAUUAACACAUAUCUCAGUAAGAUCAACGAUAUUACAAGAAGGCAAUAACAUAAAAAGCAUCAUAACAUAAUAUAACAUAAUAACAUAAAAUAGCCAAUAGUCUGAGCAGCAAUGGGUCCUGAAAUUCAGGGGGAAGGGAACUGCAGUAGAAUUUUAGAACAGGGCUGGUGGACAAAAAUACAAGGGCCAAUAAUAAAAGAACAGUAUCAGUUUAAAACACUAAACCCUUAGGAGGAAGGACCAGGGAUAAUGUACGGGAACUGCUGGUAGAUAUAGUUGGGCGUCAAAUAUCUCAUGAACUGCUUAAUCAAAAGCACAACAGAACAUCCACGUGUUUAGCUCUUUCCGGAACGUGGACAAUGUGGGUGCAUAUUUAAUCUCCCUGGGGAGAGAGUUCCAGAGCUGGGGUGGGGGGGGGCACCACAGAGAAGACCCUCCCUUGUCCCCACCAAAUAUGCUUGAGAUGGAGGUGGGAGCGAAAGAAAGGCCUGCAGAUCUUAGAGCCUGUGUGGGUUCGUAAGGAAAGAUGCAGUCUAUGGCAGGCAUCCUCAGAGGUUGUGAGGUCUGUUGGAUACGAUGCAAGUGGGGUUUAUAGAUCUAUGCAAUGAUGUCCAGGGUGGGAGAAAGAAAGAAUUCUUGUCAUUGAAUAGCCUUGCAGCAUCAAAGCUUGACUGCUUCCUGCCUGGGGGAAUCCUUUGUGUUAGCUGGCCCUGCAUGUUUCCUAUCUGGAAUUGUUGCUCUUUAUUUACUGUCCUUAUUUUAGAGUUUUUUAGUACUGGAAGCAGCCAGGCUUUGAAGCUGCAGGGCCAUUCAAUGCUAAUCAGGCUGGCCAAUUGCAACAUUCACACUUGCCUCAGGCAGACAAAGAGUUAUUUCUCCCAUCCUUGUCAUUAUUCCACAGAUCUAUACCAUCAUAAAUGUGAAAAUGUGUAUGUGGCAGAGGUGUCCGCUUACACAGAUAGCCUCCGGCCUCCCCAAAUAACCCACAGUGCUGGGGAGCCACCAAAGCCCUCCCUCCAAGGACAUUGCAGGUUACAGCGAGCUCCCAGGGUUCCUUUUUCUCUCAAUUGGUGUGAAAUUUACAUGACCCUGCCCACUGCCUCUCCCUUAUCCCUUUCUUGUUCUUUUCUAUGGCACACAACAACUAUGGAACAUACUCGAGAGAGAGGGUUGGGGAGAAUUCGCCAUGAUUUAUUGAAGUUGUUGGGACUGGGAUGUAUAGUUCACCUGCAGUCUAAGAGCACUCUGAACCCCACCAAUGAUGGACCUGGAACUAACUUGGUACACAGACCCAACAUGGCCAAAUUUGCAUACUGGUGGGGUUUGGGGGUGAUUAACCUUGACAUCCAGGAGUUAUAAUUCACCCAUAUUCAGAGACCACUGAAUCCAUCUGAUGAUGAAUCUGGACCAAGCUUGGCACACGCAUUCAACAUGGCCAACUGGGAAUACUGGUGGACUUUAGGGAUGAUUGACCUUUAACUCUGGGAGUUAUAGUUCACCUGUACCCCAUCACCCCUCUGAACCCCACCAAUGACGGAUUUGGACUAAACUUGUCACACAGAACAACUUUGCAUACAGGUGGGGUCUGGGUGGGUGAUUAACAUUGGCAUCACGGAGUCAUAUAGUUCACCUGUAUUCACAGAACACUGAAUCCAGCAAGUGACGGAUCUGGACUAAAUUUGGCACACAGACCUGAGAUGACCAACUGUGAAUACUGACAAGUUUGUGGAGAAUUGGCCCAGGUUUUUUGGGAAUUGUAGUUCACCCACAUCAUUAUGCAUUUUCUAACGGGAGCAUUAAUAAAAAAACAACAGAAAAAACUGAGUUUUUUUCUAAGAAAUAACGUAACAUAUGACCAAAAUAAGGCCCCUUACAAAUAACCUGCUAGUAUAGCUAAAUAACAAGCUAGUAUAGCUAAAAACCCCACUUCAUAAACCCUGCCUGUCUAGUUUCCAACAGACUUCACAACUCUGAGGAUGCCUGCCAUAGAUGUGGGCGAAAUGUCAUGAGAGAAUGCUUCUGGAACAUGGCCAGACACCCUGGAAUAGUCACAGCAACCCAGUGAUUCUGGCCAUGAAAGCCUUCGACAAUGCAUAUUAUAUUUUACUAUUGCUUUUAUAUUAUUAUUGUUUCUGCUUUUGUGUUACCAUUAUUAUUAUUAUUUAAAGUGCGUAUUGUAUCUUACUCUUUUAUAUUAUCUUUGUUUUUAUAUUGUUAUUAUUAUUAUCAUUAUUAUUUACAGUGCUUAGACCUUUGUUUGCCUCCUAUGUUAUAUUGUUAUUGAUGUUGCUGUAUUAUAUCUUACUAUUACUUUUAUAGUAUUAUUGUUUUAUAUUAUUAUUAUUAUUAUCAUAAUAAUUAUAAUAAUCAUUAUUUUAAAGUGCUUAGACCUUUGUUUCUCUCUCCUUUGGAGCUCCCUUGGCCACUUCCUCCCAUUCUCCUAUUGUCCUCUGUUACUUUUAUAAUAUUACUGGUGUUGCUCUAUUAUAUUUUACUAUUGUUUUCAUAUUGUUUUUGUUAUUGUUAUUAUUUAAAGUGCUUAGACCUUUGGGUCUCCCUCGGCCACUUCCUCCCACUCUCCUUUUGCCGGGAGACAUGGCAAAAGCUGGCAUUGAAAUGCACGUGUCGCUCUUAAAGGUGCCACAUUGUUUUUAUAGCCAAGACUGUCUCUUUCUGUAUGCUGGGUGGGGGUUACGCUCCCUUCGAGACCGUGGGCAUUAAUGGUGGCGAAGGAUUCCUCCCAAGAAGGCUUGGCCCACGUUGCUGUGGAAACACUUCAGUGACCGUGGCUCAAGGGGAAGGUGUCCCUUGCGAAGCCUGAGGGCACGCUGCCUGGGCUGAGGAAUUAGCCCAGUUUGUCGCCACGCAAACUGCCACAGGUCAGUGCUGAGAGUUGCAAACGGUGAAGCCCCGGCUCUCUUGAGUAUCCUUUUGGGGGUUUAAAACUGGAUAUAAAUAAUGAUGAUGAUGAUGGGCAAAGAAGGCUUUGCAAGGCUGUGUCCGGCCACUGCAGCAUCAAGCAGUGGUGGCCAAGCUGCAUGUUUCUGUAACGGAGAUGCACCCUGUUCCUGGGGUGAUGAAGUCAGCUGCACCCAAACCCAUAUCUGUGUCGCCCCUUGAGUUUUCAUGGGCCAGAUAUGUGGCGUGUGCUUUGGAAUUGCAGGCAUGAGUGAGGCAAGUGUUUCCGCUUAUUCCCAGGCCCCAAAGUCCCGAGCUUCAGUGCUGCUUUCUCUUUGGAGAGGGCCCCAUAGGGAGAUGAAGCAGAGUGUAAAUCAAUAUAUAUCCUAAUGCUUUUAUGUCAAGCCACUUUGAGUCACUUUUGGGGAGAUAAAGCAGCGUAUAAAUAAAUAGAAUAAUAGGGAUAUCCUCAUCCCAGGAGACAGGUGGGUCCUGAAGAAGCACCUCCAAUGCUCUUGUGAGAGUUCCCUCUCCGCCUCCAGCCCCGUUAGAAAGGUGUUCUGCACAUAGCAAGGCUUUUAUUUUUUGGAGAAUAUAACCCUUUGGGUUUCGAAGUGGUGGGAAGAGCAGCUGUCCCCACUUCCUCCCGUUGGAGGCCUCCCCUCUCCCUUUAGGCCCAUAAGAAUGCGGGGAAUGUGCCCUGCCUGGCGUCUUCCCUCCCGCCUCUCUCCAGCCAAGUGUUUCCCAUUAACAAGGCCUCCCUUGGCUCUCUGGGACCCUGGGGGAAGUGGCCCAGAGUGGCCUUUGUCACGUUUCAGGGGCUGCCCCAAAGGAGACCCCCUUUCACUACUGCUUGUCCUUUGUGCUUGUUGGGCGCUGCUUGUGGGGGCAGGAAAGGGGACAAUGACGAUGCAAAUAACAUUGAUAACCCAGGAACGGAAACCAUAGUGUCUCAUAGCAUUGUAUCUACACAUAUGCUUCAAACUCAUCUGUGGAGGUCAUGGGCCACAUUGAGCCAUGGUCUGGAUGUCCUUUGGGGUGUCUCCUGUCCUAUGCAAGUUAAAGUUGUUUCCUGCCAUGACUUCUGACAGCCAAUUCAAAUUGAUUACGUUGAGUUGUUUUCCCUUUUGUUUUCCUCCCGCAGGUUCCCUCUCUAGGGAUGUAGAUGUGAAGUUUUCUUUCCGUUUUGUUUUGUUUCCUCUUUUUCUCCUUCCCUCCCCCCUUCCCUUUUGUUCACACCAAGUCUUUUCUGCACUUCAGGUUGUUAGGAAGUCUUCCUUCCCCCCCUUGAGGUUAAAAACCUGGGGGCUCCAAAAAGUGUUAACCCUCCCGUUGGGGGCUAGAGAUUAAUUUAAAAUGGCGACCGAUCUGUCCGACGCUGAUCCCGGCGCAGGCCGUAAGGCGCUUCCACUCUUAACGGGAGCUCCCCCGGACAAGUUGAGCGAGGCCCUUGAAGACGGCACCAUGCCAAUCCGCCGGGCUGUGAACGCCUCUGCGCGGGAAACACCUCCCAAGAGCAAGCCAGCCGAAGGCGAGGAGGCCAAGCCAGAUCCUGAUGCCAGUUCAGAGGAAUCUGCCUCAACUGUGGAGGAGCAGGAGAGCGAGGCUCUGCCUCCGGCCGUCACGGCCACGGCAGCCGCUGCGGAGACAGAGCCCCCCAAGGAGCCCGAGGCCGAGGGAAAGGAGGAGGCCAAGCCCCCCGAGGAGGCCAAGAAGGAGGACAAAGACCCAGCUAAAGAAAAGGAGAAGAAGGUCAAGAAGACGAUCCCGGCCUGGGCCACCCUCUCGGCCAACCAGCUGGCCCGAGCGCAGAAGCAGACCCACAUGGCGGCCUCCUCCCGCCCCAAGAUGGAUGCCAUUCUGAUCGAGGCCAUCAAGGCGUGCUUCCAGAAAGGCGGGGCCUCGGUGGUGGCCAUCCGGAAGUACAUCAUCAACAAGUAUCCGUCGCUGGAGCUGGAGCGGAGGGGCUUCCUCCUCAAGCAGGCCCUCAAGAGGGAGCUGGAGCGGGGCGCCAUUCGGCAGGUGAAAGGCAAAGGAGCCUCUGGGAGCUUUGUGGUGGGCCCAAACUCAGGGAAAACAGCCUCCAAAUCCAGGGACCGGAAGAAGAACUCCUCGGCCUCGGCUCCGGAGCCGCAGGUGAAGCUGGAGGACGUGCUGCCCUUGGCCUUCACCCGCCUCUGCGAGCCCAAGGAGGCCUCCUACAGCCUGAUCAAGAAGUACGUCUCCCAGUACUACCCCAAGCUCAAGGUGGACGUCAGACCCCAGUUGCUGAAGAAUGCCUUACAGAGGGCUGUCGAGAAGGGCCAGCUGGAGCAGAUCACCGGCAAAGGAGCUUCCGGCACUUUCCAGCUGAAGAGGUCCGGGGAGAAGCCUCUGCUGGGCGGGAGCCUGAUGGAGGACGCCAUCCUGUCGGCCAUCGCGGCCAUGAACGAGCCCAAGACCUGCUCCACCACCGCCCUGAAGAAGUACGUCCUGGAGAAGCACCCGGGCACCAACGCCAGCUUCCAGGUCCACCUCCUGAAGAGGACCCUCCAGAAGUGCGAGAAGUUUGGCUGGAUGGAGCAGAUCUCCGGGAAGGGCUUCAGCGGGACCUUCCAGCUGUGCUUCCCCUACUACCCCAGCCCUGGGGUUCUCUUCCCAGAGAAACAGAAAGCGGCUCAAGAUUCGGAGGAAGAAGAGUCCGAGGAGGAGGAGGAGGAGUCUGAAGCCUCCGAGGAAGAGGAAGAAGAAUCGGAGGAGGAGGACGAGCCGCCACCAAAGAAAAGGAUGCAGAAGCGGCCCCCUCCCAAGGCCCGGAACCGGCCCCCCGCCCUGGCCAAGCGGCGAGAGCGCAAGCCCAAGCCCCGCAAAGGCCCGCCGGCCCCCCGGGGGAAGGCCAGGCCCACCGCCAAGACCCCGGCCAAGGCCGCCGCCCCCGCCCCCAAGGCCAAGCCGGCUCCGGCCCGCCCCGCCCCCAAGAGCCUCUCGGGCAAGGGCCCCUCGGCCAAGAAGAAGCCCCCGCCGGCCGUGAGCCCCAAGAAAGACCUGAAGCCCCCCGCCAAGGGCAAGAAGGGCAAGCCCUCCCUGCGGAAGUCCCUGCGCGCCCGGAAGUAG